AUGUCGCCCUCACCAUCCUUCCUUCCUCGCCGCGCACCUCAGCAAAACUAUGUCACAAUCUCCGCCCUCCACAGCGGCACCUUGACACUCCCAAGUCACUUGUUUAUCACUCCCACAUCAUCCUCUGCCCGUCGCACCGUCCCCUCAUUGUCAUUCCUAAUACAGCAUCCCUCUCCUCGCACACUUACAGAGAAUGAUCCAUCUCCCACCCGUCUCCUCUUCGACCUCGGACUCCGCAACCCGCUCUCCACAUACGCCUCACCGAUUCAAAAACACCUCGAGACGCGGCACCCAAUAAGCAGCGAUCAUGACGUAGUUCGAAGCCUCAUGCAAGGGGGCUUGAAGCCGGAUGAGGUGGAUUGGAUCAUUCUGAGCCACGUCCACUGGGAUCACAUCGGCACGCCUUCAUUGUUCAUGAAAAGCAACUUCGUAGUGGGUGCUGGGAGUCUGCAAUUGUUGCAAGGCUGCGGGGAUCAGUCAUCGGGCGGACACGCGCAUUUUGAACCGGAUUUGCUGCCCGAAGGACGCGUCUUGGAAUUGCCUAGCACUGCGACGCUUGGCUCGGCCCCGACAAAGAAUGGCGCCACAAAUGGGACUGAAAAGAAAGAAGGUUCUUCGAGCGCCCAUCUGCGGUCAGCCCGCUGGCAACCCCUGGCGCAUUUCCCGCACGCCAUCGACUUUUUCCACGACGGUAGCCUCUACCUAAUCGACGCGCCGGGCCAUCUUCAAGGGCACACCAACAUUCUUGCGAGAAUCGGGCCGGAAAAGUGGGUCUAUCUGGCCGGUGAUGCAUGCCAUGAUCGGAGGAUUCUUAAAGGGGAGGUUGGUAUUGCGACGUGGGAGAAUGAGGAAGGGAAGGUGUGUUGCAUUCACAGUGAUGUCCAUGAGACGGAAAUGACGCUUGAAAGGAUCAGGGCGUUGGGGAAUGCCUCGGAGGAGGUGGAGGUCAUUUUGGCGCAUGAUGUGGACUGGGCGCAGGACGAGGUGAACGAGGCUAGGUUUUGGCCUGGGACUUUGUAG